AUGAGUGAAAUGAUUGAAGAGGAAGAUAUGUCUAUAGAUGAGGACAAUUUUUUAUCCAAUAUUCGGGCUAAAAUGAAGUCUAAAUCAACCCAUUUUAAUACACCAGGUCGAAGAAAGAAGAUUAUUUCUACUAAGCUCUGUAAUGUUUCUAUGGGUUCUAUUUCCAAAGAAAGUCUGAGAGGGAAAAAUCGAGUUCUUGCUCUGGAUGUUCAGAAAGCCAAGAUAACUCUUGGAAAGUUGAAUGAAAAAUACAUCAAAUUACAACAAGAAAACCAAGAUAAUAUGAUCCUACUGAAUAAAAAAAGAAUGGAAAAAAAUGAUUUACAAAAGAUUUAUGAAACAGAGACAAAGAAAGGGAUAGAGAAAGCUACAGAGAAAAUUGAUAUUAUGUUGAAUAGAUAUUUAACAGAAUUAAUUGUUAAUUCAACUACUCUCGAUAUGAAAAAGAGACCCUCAACAGGUUCUAGAUCACCUAUACAAGCAUCAAAAAGUCAACCAAAUUGUGUAGAAAAAACCAAAGUGGACAGGAUUGAUCGAAAAAUUCGUAGAUCGCGUCUUAGUUUGGAUCAAAAACUGGCAGCAAGACAACCAGUUAUACCCAGUGAAAACACAAAACAAUUUAACGAAAAAAUGUGUAAUACCAAUUCAGUUACUAACAAAGGCAGACAUCCUUCUAGUGUAGUAAUCAAAGCUCCUUCUUUUUCGAAACCUGUUCAACAUGCCGAAGAAACUUUUUUGGCCAUACCAAUUGGUAUGAUGUCUGACUUGGUAGAUGAAAAUCAUGUUGAUAAUGCUGAUGAUGAUAUGGAAAUGAAUCAAGAUUUUAAUCAAACUAUUCAGCCAUUAAAUAUAUCUGUUUGUGAUUUGACAAGUGAAAGUGACACAAUGACAUUCACAAAGAGCUCCAAGCAAACAAAAAACAAAAGACCUCAACAGAAUAAUGUUGCGAAAAAUUCAAUUGUAUCAAAAGAUGCUAAGGUACUCCAAAAAGGAGGGAUUAUGUCAAAAGAAAAGCAUACAUUUGUGGAGGAAGCUCAAAAAUCUCUUGAACCCACUAAAAGUGCAGAGGGUGAUUCUAAGGAAAAACCUGCCAAUAAACUCUUAUUGACAUCUAGAGAUCGAACUAAAAUUUGUAAUGUCCGAGACAUGAUCAUUCCCAAACCAAAAGUGAAAUCGAAAUUGCGCAAGAAGGAAGAAAUAAAAGUUCCUGAGAAAACAAAAUCAUCACCAUCAAGGAUACCAGUGUUUGAUUUUUCCAUGCAGUCACCAACUAUAGAACUGCCUGAAUCUUAUAAAGAAAUUCCUGAAGAUAUUAAACUUCCUGGAUGUGACAGGAAUUCCACAGAAUUGAUUACAGCAAAUAAACCUGUGAAGUCAAAAAGCAGAUCCAGAGUUAUUAAAGACAGUUCUGAUAAUCAGACAUCAAAAUCAAGUCCAGUGUCUUCACAAUCUGAUUCACAAUUAUUAAAGAAAAUCAAAUCACUUAAUAAAGGACAAUCAAAGAAAAUCGAAGAAUGUUCUGACUCGAAUUAUACACAUCCAUCAAAAUCUUAUUUCCAACCUGGUCAAAAGGGUGUAUCAGUGCAAGAUACUAGCAAUAUGUAUAGUGUUUCCCUGAAAUCAGAUAGUCCAGCAAAGCAGCACACUGAUAACCUAAAGGAAAGAUCGGGCCGAUCCAAAAGUCGCAAAGGAGUACAGCAAAACACCACUCAUGGUGAAACUUAUACUGUACCUAUGAAAACUGGUUCCCCAGAGAAGUUAGCUAAAGAACCACAAAGAAGGGGUCGAUCAAGAAGCCGAGGAAGGACUUUAAAAAAUGCUGAAACAACUGAAAAGACUAAGUCACAAACUGAGAGCCCAACAAAAGGCUUUUCUGAAGUUGCUAUGAGAGGUCCAUCGAGAAGUUGCAAAAGAACCUUGAAAAAUUCUGAUGAUGACCUUGAUUCUAAUAAAGUAGAUGAUUCUCUAUUGCUGUACACUGUUCCCAUGAAGACGGAGAGCCCAGAAAAAGCAACAGCUGAUAUAAACAGAAGAGGUAGAUCUAGUAGUCGUGGAAGAACAUUAAAACAAGCUACUGACACAAAAUCCAAAUCCCAACCAUGCAGUUCAGGUAUUUACUCAGUACCAAUGAAAUUGGAUAGUCCAGAAAAAUCAACAAAGGAUUCCCAAAGACGAGGACGGUCUAGAAGUAGAGCAAGAACACUUAUAGAAGAUAACAAAAAUGAAGAGGUACCGCUGCAAUUGAACCAACAUGAGGAAGACAAUAAGCCAACAGAAGAUGAAAUGACACAUGCAAUAGAUAAUAAAGAUAUCAGUAAGAAGAUUGAAGAUCUGAAGAACAGAUUUGGUAUUGAUAAAGAUCAGAACAAUGUUUCAUCAAAAACUGCUGGCAAACCAUUAACAGAACCAGAGAAUUUUGAAGAAUAUUCUGUCCCUUUGAAAACAUGCAGCCCAGAAGAAAAGCUUGUAGUAAGACGAGGAAGAUCUCGUAGCAGAGGUAGACCAAAAGCACAAGAAGAAACUCUUGAGAAGUCUGAAAAAUCUUCUGUGUCUGUGAGAAGUAGAGCAAGAAACAAGUUACCAGAGAAUUCCAAUUCUGAAAAUAAAUCUUUGAACUCGGAAGAAGCUGAAAUGAAAAAUUGUGCAACAAAUCAAAUUGAAAAUCAAGAGCGAUCAAGACCUUCUAUGAAACGUGGCAGAUCCCAAAAUGGGAACGGAUGUGAGAAGGUUGAAAUAAGUGAUUCAGAGUCAGAUGAAAUAGUGAGAAGUGCUGCACCUAAAAGACGAAGUAGAUCAAGGACUAGAAGAAGGCCAAGAAAGUCAGAAACUAGUACGAAUUCAGACUUUCUAAAUGGAGGACAUGAAUCAAAUGAUUUAGACACAAAGCCAAAUAGUGCUGUGACUGGGAAAUCUCACCAAAGGGAAAACAUUAUUUUUAAAAAAGUGCCUAAAAUUGUUAUAGAAAAUGAGAAUGAUCUAAAGACCAAAACUCCAAUGCAAGUUUCAGAGGAUUCCAUAUGUACAGUCUUCAAAAAUAGACCAAGUAUCAAGAGCAGUAGGAAAUCUCUUGUAGCAUCUUCACCUCCUUCAUCAAAAGAGAACGUGAUUACACCUGAUCCAUGUCCAUUGGUCAAACAAACUUUAGAUGGCAGAAAGUCAUCUCUAAAUAACAGAACAAGUACAUCCAAAAGGACAGUAGAAAGUAUUGGUAGUAGAGAUAGUUUAGAUGUCAAUAACAGUGAGAGAAAAAGCAGACGGGCUGCAUCUUCAGUAUCUUAUAAAGAGCCCACACUUAACAGUAAAUUAAGAAGAGAAGAUGUUCAAAAGAAACUUUUAGAAAAAGAAGUGGAGAAGAAAAGAUUAUCUGGACAGGAAUAGUCUUUUUAACUGAACAAAACUGAAUUUUAAAUUAAAUUUUAGUUAUGAUAGAGUC